AUGGUUGUUUUCAAACGUAAACUCAAGUGGCGGCGGUUCAUUGGAGUUAUUAUGUGGAUGUUCAUGUUUUUCAUAAUCCUUUGGUUGGCUAAAAGAUCAAAACCCGAACUUGUGCGCUUCGAAGAUAGAUCAACGUCUACGAACAUUUCCAUUGCUUCUGAACUUGCAAGAAUACCUGAUAGACUUUGUUUUCUUUGGAUAUCAACGCGAGACAACAUUUUACGGAAAUCUAACUAUCCUUGUAAGCACCAGUACGGCUUGGAACUUCAGGUAAAACACAAGAAUUUGCAUCUUCUUUUAUGUAUCCUGCAUGCUGGUGAUGUAGCAACCAACCCAGGCCCAACAUCUGACUCACAAUCAAGGGACGGUUUCAAGAUACUGUAUUUAAAUGCAAGAAGCCUGAAAGCAUUUGUUCAUCCACCGGGGAAUACCUCCCCGAAAGUUUGCAAAAUUUCGUUAUUUCAAGAUUUAGUAUACAGUGGAAAUUAUGACGUCGUAUGUGUUUGCGAGACGUGGUUAAACAACUCAGUUUUAAGCAGCGAAAUUAUACCUAAUUAUGGAACUGUCUUCCGGCGUGAUAGAACUGGCAGAAUUGGUGGUGGUGUUCUCGUUGCUAUUAAGUCAGGAAUACAAGUCACACGUCGACACGAUCUGGAAACUGACAACACGGAGCUUAUUGUUACUGAACUUUUUAAAUCGAACAGUAAACCUGUCAUCCUUUACACUUUCUAUCGCCCUCCUGACUCUACGCCUGAUGUCCUUCAGUCACUGAACAACUCACUCCAAAGAAACCAAGAAUCGAGUCGUAUUGUGAUGAUCGGAGACUUUAACCUACCAUCUGUUAAAUGGUCGAGUUAUGAAAAUGUUCCUGUGAAUACCGGAGGGUCCAAUGAGAAUGAAGCAUUUUGCGAAAUGGUGGACGACAACUUCCUUCAACAGUUUAUAUCUGGUCCCACCCACAUCGCUGGUAAUAAACUCGACCUUUUGCUAUGUAAUUCUCCAGAAAUCAUCGGUGACGUUUCUGCAUUCCUUCCUGAAUGUUUCCCAACAGAUCAUUACGUCGUGGAAAUUGAUGUUCAACUGAAGUUUAAAAGAGCCAAGCCAGUUAAACGCCGAUAUUUUGACUACAGGAACGGUAAAUUUGAUGAGUUGCGCAAUUUCCUCACGAGAAAUCCCAUUAAUAUUACUCCCACCGAUGAUAUUGAUAACUACUGGGAACAAUGGAAGGAAACGUUCUUAACUGCCGUGAAAAAGUAUAUUCCAGUAAGAACUGUUAAGGACACCAACUCCCCCCCUUGGAUUGAUAAAGAAGUCCGGAUUCUUAUCCGCAAGAAAUACCGUGCAUUAAAAAACUACCGAAUGAAUAGAUCUGCAACUCGGAAGCGAAAGCUGCGAUCCCUUACUCAACAAACUAAGCGUCUCAUUAGACGGAAACACCAAGAAUAUCUGGCUAAAAUUGAAAGUUCCUUUUCUGUCAAUCCAAAGCUGUUCUGGAGCUACCAUAAAGCUAUCCUACGCCACCGAGCAAAUCUGCAUCACGAAAUAACGUUCGACGGAGUUACUGCUAAAUCUGCAAAAGAUAAAGCUACACUUUUCAACGCGUACUUCUCUUCCGUAUUUCGUUCACCUUCCACAGGUUCAAAAUCAGGUAUCUGUGAUCUGCUUCAACCAUUAGAAAUUGAGGAGCUUUCCAAUAUAACACUCAAUGCGGAAGAAGUUGCGCGAAGUUUGUACAAUCUUGACACAUCCAAAGCGUGUGGCCCCGACGGCAUUCCAACUCGUCUUCUGCAAGAAUGCAGCAUCCAAAUUGCACCCAGCAUUUGUGAACUAUUCAAUCAUUCGCUGCACACCGGUCAGAUCCCUUCUGAAUGGAAAUCUGCCAAUGUUACGCCUAUCCACAAGAAAGAUCGUAAAGAACCAGCCGAAAAUUAUAGACCUAUUUCUUUGCUCCCCAUCCUUGGAAAAGUUCUAGAACGUGGCGUGUGUUUCAGACUUUACGAUCAUGUCAAACAUCUCAUCACCAAAUUUCAACAUGGUUUCCUCAGACAACGUUCAUGUGUCACUCAGCUCCUAUCUGUUCUUCAUACUAUCGGACAAUCUCUCGACAAGAACACCCAAACAGACAUCGUUUACCUAGAUUUUGCAAAGGCAUUUGACACUGUUGACCACAAUAUUCUUCUCCACAAACUUAAACAGUAUGGCGUAUCAGGACAGUUGUAUGCAUGGUUCGAAGACUAUCUGAGCGGUCGUUGUCAACGAGUUGUGGUAGAUGGAGUUGCAUCUUCCUGGGCACCUGUAACAUCUGGUGUGCCACAAGGAAGUAUCCUAGGACCUGUUCUGUUUGCGAUCUUUAUAAACGAUCUUCCAAAUGUACUACCAGACGAGACCUCGGCAGCAUUGUAUGCAGAUGACACCAAAGUGUACAAAUCAAUUAAAUCGGAAGAUGACUGUCAAAUUCUGCAACACGCCUUGACCAGCCUUGAAUGUUGGAGUCAUGAUAACAACCUAGAUUUCAACCAGUCGAAAUGUAAGGUGCUGACCAUCACACGAAAAAAGACUCCCCUCGUGCAUGUCUACCACAUGAAUUCAAAGGAACUCUUGCGUGUGGAUAAAGAGAAAGACCUUGGUGUUUGCGUCAGUGCCAACUUCAAUUGGGAUGUUCACAUCCACACAAUCACGGGUAAGGCCAACAAGAUGCUCGGGCUGCUUAAACGAACUUGCCCUCUUUUGAGAGACAAAACAGUACGACGAACUCUGUAUCUCUCGCUUGUUAGAUCUCAGCUAUGUUACGCUAGUGAAGUCUGGUCUCCACACACUGUCAAACUCAAGUCUAGAGUCGAAAGCGUCCAAAGAAGAGCCACCGCGUGGAUACUACAAUCCAAGCAUGGCGAAAUGA